UUCCCAAUUCCGCAACAGAAACAAAAACGGGUUCGGUUCAAUUGUAUACAAGUAAGUAAGACUCAUAAGACCCAGAAACCUACGGCUGAGGGCAGUGUCACACGUUGUAAGACUCAGACUGGGUUCCACUUUGGGUUAUUCGCUAAAUCUUUCUUUAUUUAAGAACUAAGAUGAUGGUUCAGUGAUUCAACCAACGUGAGACCCUUCUUCUAUCCUUCGACCUUUCGCUCUCUCGUUACCUUCUUCAUUCGCAAUAUUGUUAUGGCAAAUGCUAAGUUUGGUUCCACUUUUUCAUGUUCCGCGGCUUCUCUUUCUUCUUCUCCUUUCCAACGCACUAGAAGUGCCCAGUUGAGCUUAUCACAAGGGUUGUUUGUCAACCAACUGACUGGUGCUCAGCUGCAACUGUACACUAAAGACAAAUCAUGCCAGCUUAAGUUUAUACAUGGAAUGCCGAACUUAAAAGGAAGGUUACAGAAACAGCUUAAUGCUCUUUUUGUUGUCUCUGAGGAUCAGUCACAAUACUGUGAGCUCGAAACAACUGCUUUAGUGCCAGAAGACGAUACAGUUGCAGAAGACAUCUCUCCUGUAAGCAACUCGUAUUCUCAUUUAUCAGGGAGUGAUGGAAAACCAGGUUUAAUAUCAUUCUAUAGCCGUCCACACAGAAGAGACAGUAAGAUCCUUUUACCAAAUUCAGAGAGAAGUCAAAACAGCAUAUUGUGGUUUUUGGGCCCAGCAGUCCUAGUAGCUUCCUUCAUUUUUCCUUCACUCUAUUUACGCAAAGUGCUUUCCAUCAUUUUUGAGGACUCUUUGUUAACUGAUUUCCUCAUAUUAUUCUUCACAGAAGCAAUUUUCUAUUGUGGUGUUGGGGUAUUCCUCUAUCUACUAGACCAUGUAAGAAGACCCUUGCUAGUGGAUACAGUUGCAAACAAUAGUGAUACUCUACCCCCACAAUUGGGACAGAGAGUCUCUUCUGUUGCUACCCUGGUGCUUAGUCUUGUAAUUCCAAUGGUGACUAUGGGUUUGGUCUGGCCAUGGACUGGCCCUGCAGCCUCCGCAACUCUCGCCCCAUACCUUGUUGGUAUAGUUGUCCAAUUUGCAUUUGAGCAGUACGCUCGAUAUCGAAAGUCUCCUUCAUGGUCUGCCAUUCCAUUAAUCUUUCAAGUGUAUAGGUUGCACCAACUAAAUAGAGCAGCACAACUGGUGACAGCUUUAUCAUUUACAGUUAGAGGAGCAGAGAUGACCUCACACAACAUGGCUAUAAACAGCUCUUUGGGUACCCUUCUGAAUGUCCUACAAUUCCUUGGUGUGAUUUGCAUUUGGUCCCUAUCCAGCUUCCUCAUGAGAUUUAUCCCUUAUGCUUCAACAACUAAGCAGUAAAGAAUAUUUUUUGUAAAGUUUGUUAGCAAUUUCAUCUCACACAUCAAAACACCUCCAGUUCAUCUUCGUGCAGAAUAUGUAGAUGUACAUGGGCUUACUUUUUGGUGGUUUAAAAUUGUUAAAUCUAAUUGGAAUUUUGGACACUAAUUCUCUGAUUCAUCUAGAAUAAAAAAAAAAUGGUGGUUUCAAGAAUUUGAAACUGAGGAUUUUGGAUACCGGUUAAACAAAGGAAUAUUUAUAGUUCUACUUGUAAGGCAUUUGUUUUGAAUGAAGUACAAGUACUUGUGUUGUAAGGCAUUUGUUUUGAAUGAAGUAUAAGUACUCGUGUUCUUUAGA